AUGUUUCUGAAAGACCUCGCAGAAAUAAGGCCAAGGCCAAGCUACGGGGAAGUGGCGAGGAUCAGCCUGGACGUGGCAAAGCGCCUGUUGCAUCUUCACAAGAAUCGGAUAAGGCACUAUGACGUCAAGCCGGCCAACAUACUCCUGGACGAGAGGCGCAACGCCAAGCUAGCAGACUUUGCGUGCUUGGUGUUCAAGAUGUCGUCCUUGAUCUAUGCCACGAGGCGUGGACCGUUGGGGUACAUGACGCUGGAGUGCAUACAAGGCGGGGCCACCAGAUUGAGGCUGCGCGCGGGCCGAGAAAAUAGACAUGUACAGUCUGGGCAAGGUGUUGAUGAGUUGUGUUGCUGGCGGUCUGGGUAA